AUUUUCAUCUAACACAAAAACAGAAAGCCAGAGCAGUUUACAAAGGAAGAAAGCUUGCAGCACUCACAUCAGCCUUGCAGACUUCCCCGGUUGGAUUCUGUCCGCUUUUCAUUUGGAAAUUGCAUCCUAACACAUCCAGAGAGGCCCAGUGUGUCCUGCAGAACAUUCAUCUCAGAGAAUCGCUGACAACAUAGGAAAGAUGCCUGAAUGAAUGCAGGGAAAGAGCAAAGCGCUUUCCCUCCACAAGACAAAUAGCAAUCAAGUCUCGAAAAACAUGUUUGGAAGUGUUGAUGAGUAGCACAUGGCUUUGGAGUGGAGGACGGCGAGGAGGAGGAGGAGGCGGGUGCUUCUCUUCCGAUUUAUGCUGAGAUCCGGAGGACUCAAUCCUUAUAAGAAGAGAUGCUAAUGCAGAGCUCGAGCCAAUCAAUGUGGCCAAACAAGGCAGACCUGACGGCAACUUGACCCGCGGGAGGCAGCGCGGAACUGUGUUGCCUGUUGUGAAAGAGAGGCUCGGAGGCAAACGAGGAUUAAAAUGCCAGCUAAAGGCAAAUACUUCUUCAACGAAAAUGAGGACUGCAAGAUCACGGACCCUUUGUACGAGAAGUACCGCUACGCGAGCCAGCAGCACCCUCUUCUCUUCUUCCUGCUCUUUAUCGCCGUCGCUUACUGCACAACUCUCAUCCUAGCUGUUUCCAUCUGCAAUGCGGCGCAAGAGCAUCUUACGUUCAUCAUCACAGUGAGCAGUGCUCUUGUGGUUUUUAUUAUUAUGUACAUUCUGGUAUAUAUCGAAUUCUUCUUCUGGUGCCGUCUGAAACUGUUGGCUGUUCUGAUUUGGAUCUGCUUGCUGGCCAUUGGAUAUGUGUCUAUUUUCGACAAGGGGAAAACUCACCUUGCUGCAUGGGAACAGGUGCCCUUUUUCCUGUUCAUCAUCUUCACGGUGUACACCAUGCUGCCCUUUGGAAUGAGAGAAGCUGUGAUUGUCAGCAGCGUUUCAGCGUUGUCCCACAUCGUAGUCCUGAGCAUAGCUGUAACGUCCGGUGACAAGAAGUAUCAGAAGGACCUUGUGUAUCAGGUGCUCGCCAACGCUUUCAUUUUCCUUUGUGGGAACCUGAUGGGUGCAUUUCACAAGCAUCAGAUGCAGGAUGCGUCGUGGGAUCUGUACAGAUACACUCUCAAGUGUAUCCAAGUUCAGAUGAAGCUGAAGAUCGAGAAGAGGCAACAAGAAAGCCUGCUUUUAUCAAUACUGCCAGCUCACAUCUCUAUGGGGAUGAAACUGGCUAUCAUAGAACGUCUCAAAGAAAGCAGCGAUAGAAAGAAACAUGACAACAACUUCCACAGCCUGUAUGUGAAGCGGCACCAGAAUGUUAGUAUCCUGUAUGCAGAUAUUGUUGGAUUCACUCGCCUGGCAAGUGACUGCUCUCCCAAAGAGCUGGUGGUGAUGCUGAAUGAACUCUUUGGGAAAUUUGAUCAAAUUGCAAAGGAAAAUGAAUGCAUGCGGAUUAAAAUCCUGGGAGACUGUUAUUAUUGUGUCUCGGGCUUGCCUGUUUCUUUGCCAGUCCAUGCCAAGAAUUGUGUGAAAAUGGGCCUUGACAUGUGCGAAGCUAUAAAGCAAGUGCGAGAAGCCACAGGGGUGGACAUCAAUAUGCGUGUCGGUAUUCAUUCCGGGAAUGUCCUCUGUGGUGUGAUUGGACUUCGGAAAUGGCAGUACGACGUUUGGUCUCACGACGUCUCCUUAGCUAACCGAAUGGAAUCAGCAGGGGUCCCUGGCCGCGUACACAUCACCGAAGCGACGCUGAAUCACCUAGGCAAAGCCUAUGAAGUGGAAGACGGGAACGGGCACCUCAGAGACCCGUAUCUGGAAGCCAUGCAUAUAAAGACGUUCUUGGUGAUCGAUCCAAGAUCUAAGCAGAAAGCUUCCAACCAUCACCUGCCUCAAACCAGAGUGCAGGACGGCUUGAAGAUGCGGGCCUCGGUCCGGAUGUCGCGAUAUUUGGAAUCCUGGGGAGCAGCCCGACCUUUCGCCCAUCUAAAUCACCGAGAAAGCGUGAGCAGCGAGACCGCUGCGCCGAACCGAAAGCGUAGAAAGGAGAUCGCUUUGCAGCUAGCAAGUCGCCAGAGGACUUCAGAGAGUUUGGAUGGAUCUAGACAAGAGCAGUUAUGUUCCCCUUCAAUUGCACACUAUAAAAAUUCUUCACAGAAGGGGAGGAUGGAAGAAGACAUUAAUGAUAAAAUGUUGUCGACCAUUGAGGGCCUAAACUCAGCCAGGCCGUGGUGUGGCUCAAAAGACGACUUCCGUGGACUGUGCGGGUUUUUGCUGUGUUUCGUAGAUAUGGGACUGGAGAAGGAGUAUCGCACCAUCCCGAUCCGCAAGGUGGGAGGCUAUUUCGCCUGCGCCAGCAUCGUCUUGCUGUGCAUGUUUUUGGUCCAGAUACUCAUAAUGAAAACAACGCCAACUUUAGGAAUUUCAUUUGGGGUUGUAGCUAUCAUAAUGGGUCUUACUCUCUGUGUGUGUUUUGCUGAUGACUGUUGGAAAUGUUUCUCCAAGAGAUGGCCUCCGGCUCGCUAUCUUCGCACGCUUUCCCAGAAGGUGGAGACGAGGCCCUCUGUGCGGCUCCCCCUGGCCACAAUAGCAAUAGGCUCUCUGCUCAUCACGGCCAUUUUGAACUUGGUGUUGGGGAGCAGUUCUGAAGAUGGCAGUGAUUGGAACACCAAGGCUAUGACAUACUCAUAUUACACAUACAGCUGCCUCUUGGGUUUUAUCGCGUGCUCUGUGUUCCUUCGAAUGAGCUUUGAAUUCAAGCUUCUGCUUUUGUCGGGAGCGGUCAUUGGGUAUUUCAUAGUGUUUAACACCAACCAGCCAAAGCUCCCCAUCAAUGGCACCCCACCAGAGCCAGAGUUUCUAAUGAAACAACCAACAAUAAUGACCAAUUUGUACCUGGCUCUGUUUUAUAUAACCCUGGUUCUGCUGUCGAAACAGAUAGACUAUUACUGUCGGCUGGACUGCCUGCAGAAGAAUAAAUUCAAAAAAGAAAACGAAUCUUUCGAAACCAUGGAGAAUGUAAACAGACUGCUUCUGGAAAAUGUCCUUCCAGCUCAUGUUGCUGCCCAUUUUAUUGGAGACAACAAAUUAAAUGAGGAUUGGUACCAUCAGUCCUACGACUGUGUCUGCGUCCUCUUUGCCUCGGUGCCCGACUUCAAGGUGUUCUAUACCGAAUGUGACGUCAACAAGGAAGGGCUGGAGUGCCUUCGGCUCCUCAAUGAGAUCAUUGCCGACUUCGAUGAGCUGCUGCUAAAACCUAAAUUCAGUGGUGUUGAAAAAAUCAAAACUAUUGGAAGCACAUACAUGGCGGCAUCAGGGCUCUGUGUUACUCCAGGGCAAGAGAAUAAUCUGGACCAGGAAAGGCAGCACGCUCAAAUUGGCAUCAUGGUGGAAUUUGCAAUGGCCUUGAUGACUAAACUUGAUGGCAUCAACAGGCAUUCAUUCAACAAUUUCCGCCUUCGAGUUGGUAUAAACCAUGGGCCUGUUAUCGCUGGUGUGAUCGGUGCUCGCAAACCCCAGUAUGAUAUCUGGGGAAACACCGUUAAUGUCGCCAGCAGGAUGGAAAGUACUGGAGAGCUUGGGAAAAUCCAGGUUACGGAAGAGACGUGCAAGAUACUGGAGGGCCUCGGAUACGCCUGCGAAUGCCGAGGACUGAUUAAUGUCAAGGGAAAGGGAGAACUGAUGACCUACUUCGUGUGCACUGACACAGCCAAAUCCCAAGCCCUUUGACUCGAACCAGAAGCUGUGGAGAAGUUUGGUCGAAAGGCAAGUCCUUCCUCUUGUCCUUCUGGGAAGUCUGGAGAUUCUGCCUUCUUAUGUAAAGAAGCUUAACUUACCUGUGAGUGGUACAUCUGCAUCUCGAGAGAGGAGCACAGAGAGCUCUUGGAAGAUGUUUACAGCCCUGUGUUAGUCCCCGUUUCCAAGAGUUUUUCUGUGGUCCCCACAUGGAUGAUUCUUGUUUCCUGGCCACAGGCACAUGGGACUGAAGUGACAUUUCUGCAUGCCUUCUGUGGAAUCACAGUUGAACUAACUGCCUUGCUACAACGUUCUGCUGCCUAAUCUUUCACCAGAUCCAGUAACAGUAUUGCAUUUGUCAUACAAAAGAACAGGUCUGAACUGCACUGCCUUUAGCACAAAGUCAUCCAUUUUGUAGGUGACAACAGGACUGCAGUCCUGCUAUUGAAAUCUUUUAAACUGGAAGUGUCAGAGGUUGAAAUUGGGACUGUUUUCCCACAGAGCUUGUACUCUGCCAGGGAUCCAUGGACCCCUUUCUCUCCCUUUAUGCCAGCGCUCUGUCCUACCACCUCUUUUCAAGACGAGGAGAUGUUACACUGCCAGUAUUGUCUACAGACGCAUUCCACUCCACAAAAACAUCCCCCUGGGUGGAUGUUCUUCCUUACUGCUAAACCUGAACCUGAUACUGUGUCCCUGCCCACUGUCCAGCUUAUGUCAUCCUUACAAGAGAAAGGCUGCAAGUGGGGAACGUCUCUGAUUCAUUCAUACUUCUUUUUCUGGAGUUCGCUAGCCAGGUUUUGGGGCAAGCAUCUUCGGCUUUAGUUCUUCAGUGCGCUUCUAGUUGGUGGAAAUGCCAGAGUGGCUUUUCCUUGUUAAUAUUACCACCUUACAUUUCUAUACCACCCGUAGCUGAAGCUCUCUUAUUUAAGUCACCCAUCCAGAUUUCAGCCAGGCCCGACCCUGCUUAGCUUCCAAGAAUAGGCAGGACCAGGCACUUGGGGCUAUAUGGACAUUUCCCUUUGGCUUCUGCUGUACGGUGUUUGCUCCUCACAACGCCCCGUCCUACGUAAACAACCGUUGAGUGCCGUGCCCCACAGCAGGGCACAAAACACCAGCAUCGUUGAUGUAUGUAAAUUCUAAUUCAUCCUCAGGGGCCAACAGCUUUGGGUAGUCUCGAUUUACAUGGCUUCUUUUCCAGUUCCAUGACUGGCAAGAGAAGUCUCUCUGCGCCAGGCAGAAGAACCGAAUGCUGCCUGAUCGCAAAAUGCGUUGUGGCAGUGGCAAAAGAGUCGCCGUCCUGCCAUGCCCAAUAUCUUCCCCGUACCUCCCGAAGCGUGACUUCUAGGGAAAGAGGUCUCCGCUCUUUCUGUUGCUCUUUCUUUGCAACAAUGGACAUUGCUUAGCGCUUUGGAAUGCUAGCAGCCCUGCGCACGAUUCUGUACGGUAAGUGACGUUUUCUCUUUCGAGUAAUUGCAUUGCUGGAUUUCGCCAUCGGUGAGAUGCUUCUCCUCCUUUUUUGUAUGGUUCUCAUAGGUAAAAUAAACAAGGGGAAUGGGACCAAAUGCAGUCUCUAUGGUAAACCAGAGAAUAACCAGCUUUUACUUUGGGAUGUUUAUGCCUUUUGCUGUCGCAAUUUUAUUUGAUAGCUUGCCUGUAUUUCUCAAAUUUCAAAGCAUGGGUAUUCCCAUGGGCUUCUGCUCCAGUUCCCUUAGAAGUUUUGGAAAAAAAACCCCCUUUGCUUAUUAAUUUUCCUCCUGUUGUUUAAUUCAAUACAUUUUAUCUUCUUUUGUUUAUUAACUUGUAUCAUAAAUCACAACAAUAUCAGGCAACUCCAAAGUUUACUACCUGUGUACCUUACUCAACUAAGUCAUUCACUCGUUUAUGGAGAAACAACAUGCAUUUUAAGGGUUCUGUUUGGGAACGCUUUUUCAUAAAGUGUGAGUAGUAGGGCUACUGUGUAAGAGCUGUAUGGGAUAAGAUUAUUAUUAGAAGGGAAGAGUUUCUUGCAAAGCUGCUUUUCAAAAAAUAGAGUUCUUUUAGGGAUAUUUUUUGAGUCUGCUUAAAUUACAUGGGGUUGGACCCAGAGAUGCAAAAGGUAUUUAUUUGAGUCUUCGUACGAGCACUGUAGAAAAAAUCUGAAUCUAAACACGGUGCUUAGCUUGCGUAGCCACCUGCACAAGCACAAAGACCUGCUCUAGAACCAAACUCUAGCACUGAGGAAAUCUGUGAAGUCUUCACAGAACUGUGCUUGCUGAAGGGUCUCUGGAUCCAGCUCCGUAUACUUGCAGUUAAUGUAUUGGUAAGCAGCUCAUCUUGAUUUUUUCCCCCUAUGACAGUUCUGUCUCAAGGGAACAAGGAAAAAAAAAAAAACCCAAGAGCAAACCCCACAAAGCCUUACAUGUGGAAAGGAAAAUACGUAAAUUGUUUGCACUGUGUCCAAAAUAAGUAGCCAUUUCUCAUGUGCCUCUUUUAAAAAGCUUAGUAGUACAAUCCUGUUUGUGUUUAUUUAAUAGCAGCUCCCACUGGGGCAGUGGGAUUACUCCCAUGUUAGUGUAUGAAGGACUACGGCCUAAAACUGGAUUUUGUGUUGACAAGUACAGUUUACUUGUCCUAAGGAAGAGAGACAUAUUGCUUUGCAUUGAAGUGGUUUAUAAACUGAAGUGUGAAUAUCAUGACACUCCUUGCAAUGUUGUUUUUCCAUGUGGUUAAGUUUUCACUGGACGCAUUGGAUUAAAACUUUGUAGAAUACCAUUCACGUAUGAAUUGCUAGAGUAAUUUUACUGAAAUCCAUUUAUGGAAGCGAGUCCAAGAGUUUGAGGAUUCUGCCUCUAGUCUAAUUUAAAGUUUUCAGAGUGGAGCAUUUUUCAGCCUUGUUUGCCCUGGAUGUACCCCUGUUGUGUUCAUUAUAAUUACUGUGUAAUUAACUUAUGCGGAGGCUAAACUGCCUAUGUUUCAUGACAGGAACAAAUCUCUUCUUCUGAGGUCCUACUGUAGAUUUAGGACUUUUGGAAAGUCUUAGCUAACUAGAAUAGGUCACACUGGAAAGUGGCACAGUUGGGUAGUCCUGGGUAUUAUUAAGAGGAAGCAUAUGCAACUGUUUGUUUGUUAUAGCUGCAACUUAAUGUGAAUUAUGAAGUAUUGCUUUCAACUCUUUAUUGUGGAUUUGUUACAUGUCUGGUUUUUAAAAUAAAAGAAUGCUUUAGUCAA